GUUUAUUUUAUUACUUUUAAAGCAGUGCAAAUUUUACAGUUGUUUUACUUAAUAAUUUAAAUUAUAAACUUGACUAUGCCUUGUUUACUUGCAACCAAUUUUCCCAUUGUACCUGAUGACAAACAGAUCAAAACAGAAGAAUUUUUAGAAGCUUGUUCAAAGAUCCCAUCUAUCUUUGACUUGCUUGGAGGAAAAGUUUUUUAUCCGGUAAAAAAUGAUGUAGUUGGAAACAUCAAGAAGAUACAAGAUCGGUUUCUUCAAAAUCCGAUAAAAUUUGCGACGUUAAAUCAAAUAAUUGAGGAAGAAAAGUUGGAAACGGACAAAGCUUUGAAGGCAAAAGAUGGCGGAGGAAUUGCCACUAAUGCUCUUAUGUGGCUGAAACGAGGACUUCUCUUCAUUAUUCUCUUCAUGGAGCAUCUGCUGAAGAAAGAUUAUGGGGAAGAUAUGGAGAGUUUAAAAGAGUGUGCAAAGCUGGCUUAUAAAGACUCCCUGCAGAGUUACCAUGGAUGGAUUGUGCAAAAACUUGUUCAAGCCGCCACAAGCGCUUGCCCGUAUCGUUCUGACUUCCUGAAAAAGUUCUCAGAAGGAGAAGGAUUAUCAGUAGAUGAGGUGCUUGUACGUUUGGAGGAAUACAUUGUAAACUUCAGAGCAAAUGUGGAUGUCAUAUAUGAUUUGUUUGAGACCACUGGUGCCGAAAAAACCCACAAAGUUUAGGGUUUUGUGGAAAAUCCUAUACUGGACCAAAGCUUUAUAUGGUACUGGAUAAAGGCGCUAAUAGUUAGUGUAAUCAAAUGUAGAUUAGUAAAUGGUUCGUAUUUAAAUGAGUUUUUUUCUUAGAUAAUUUUUGAUUUCGUAAGAAAUAAUGUAUUCUAAAAUCUUGUAGUUCCUUUUCUUUCUACUUCCUAAGUUAUUUCCUAUUUCAUGUAGUCCUACUAUUACUGCUAUCUUGCUUUCUAAUCACAUUUCUAAUACAGGCUUAUUAUUGUUAUAAUAUAAAUAUGAUUAAGUAAUUUUAUGAUAAUAACUAGCCUAAGCCAAGAUAUUACCAUCGUAAAAUAUUGAAGCUAUUUCUUUUUAUCCUAUUGCUGGCUAAUUAUACUUUUGAUAUUUCAUUACUAAAUCUGUUGAAAUAACACACAACUGUGCACAUGGCCACAAUUCAAAAAUUAAUGAAGCUAAAAAUGUGCCUUUCAGUUUUUCUAGCUAUGUAAGGGAAAAAUCCACUUCAUAUAAUGCAAAUUAAAAUUGGCCAUUUAAGAUGAAUGCACUGCUGCCUUUCACCAUAAAUGACCAAACCAUUUUUCUUUUCAAAUAUCAUUGAAUUUAUGUGUGGGUUGAGAAAUCAUUUCUGUGUCGUUUCCUAAUUCCCGUGGUUGUGCACUUAAGUAAUUCCUUGUUUUUAUGCAAUACCAAUUUUCACAGCACCACGUACCGUGACGUCACCAGCGUCUGACACGUCAUCGCUAUUAACAGGUAACGUCCGGUCGGAAUGAAUGAUUAACCUAUGAUGACGUCAUCGGCCGUUUGGUUUCAGUAAUCUGAUGCCCUUUUCCCCGGCAAAAAUCAUGCCUCUGAGCAAUCGCGGAAGCCAGAAUCACUUUAUUUGUAAUACAGCUAAAUGAAGCUCAAAAACAUGUUUUUCUUGGCUUAAUUAUUAUACAGUUAUUUUCUCUGCGGUAAGAUGGAUAGUUAAAUACCACCCGGUCUACGAUACAAAUCGCCAAAUUUUCGUAAUCGUUUUUAAGAGUUAUUGUGCGGUGGGGUAUUAAGAUGGAUACCGUUAGAAUAAAAAUCCUCGAAUUUCGUAACCGGGUGUUUAGCAACAAACAAAGUUAUUUUUGGAGUCAUGAGAACACGAUUAUAAAAGGGUGGAGACCAUGGGACAACUAUUUAUUCCAUUUUCUUGUCCUAUGUAAUAGUAACGUGCUCGUUACUCAAACAUGACAUCAAACCGUAGUCUGACCUGAUAUUUCUGUAAACCCCAAUCGUAGAUGAGCUAGACUACUUCACCGUACAAUAUAAUAUCACCAUUGAACCAAAAGCGUCGGUGU